AUGCCACCCAAACGCAAGACCCCCGACGCGUCCAGCGCGUCGGCCAGCAAGCGAAGCAAACCGGACCUGCACCAACCACACCCGAACGCAAAAGAGACCGAAGCCUUUGGGAUUGUCCUGCGCGACUUCUAUCCCCACGAAAUGAGCAACGAGCGCUGCGAGGCGUAUAAUCAUGGAGACCUUGAACGGCCCAUCGAGACCCUAAACAAGGCCUGUCGGGAGACGGCCGACCAUCGUCGCGCCAUCGCCCCCGGCAAGGCCGUGGUUCACUGGUUCAAGAGCGACCUGCGUCUUCAUGACAAUCGAGCCCUGCACGCGGCUUCCCAGAAAGCCCAAGAUCAUCACAUCCCGCUGAUCGGCCUCUACGUUCUCUCACCAGAGGACCUGACGGCCCAUCUGGCGAGUCCCGCACGCGUCGACCUGACCCUGCGGACCUUGAAACGGCUCCAGCACGACCUGGGCGAGUUGGACAUUCCCCUACACAUGGAAACAGUCGAGAAACGCAGGGAGGUUCCGGGUCGUAUUGUUAAACUCUGUCAGAAAUGGGGCUCCCAACAUCUCUUUGGCAAUAUCGAGUACGAAGUGGAUGAACUCCGACGGGAUGCUCGGUUAGUACGGCAAUGUGCCCAGAACGGGAUUGAUUUUGAGCCAAAACACGAUACCUGUGUGGUCACUCCGGGCUUGCUGAGCAGCCAACAGGGCAGACAGUAUGCCGUCUACACCCCGUGGUUUCGCUCCUGGCUGGCCUUUUUGAAAGAGAACCCCGACUACCUCGAAGUGUCGGAGGAGCCCGGGUCCAACCCUCGGGAUACGCGCCCGCAACUGGCAGACCUGUUCGAUUGCAAGGUGCCCGCGGCCCCGAGCAACAAGCAGCUGUCCGACGCGGAGAAGAAACGAUUUGAGAAGAUGUAUCCCGCCGGGGAGCACGAGGCCCUCCAACGGCUGGAAGCAUUCUUGGAAGAAAAGGCCCACGACUACGAGGCAAUGCGGAGCAUGUUGCCCGGUCAGCAUACGUCCAUCCUCAGCCCGUACUUUGCCUCGGGAGCGUUGAGUGCCCGCACGGCUGUAACGAUGGCCAAGCGAAACAACAAAAACCGGCUGGAUCAGUACGACUCGGGCUAUGUCAGUUGGAUCAGUGAGGUGGCUUGGCGGGAUUUCUACAAGCAUGUGCUUGUACACUGGCCAUUUAUCUGGUAA